AUGCGCAGCUCGGCUUCCCUCCUAGCUCUCGCGGGCACCCUCGCCCUGGCCCAGGCCCCCUCCCGCCCCUACUCCUCCUGGCUCGCCUCCUCCUUUGUCGCCCGCAAAGCCCCCAUCGACGCGGGCUACGGCCCGGCCGUUCUCUAUGAAGGAAUCGCCCGCGCCGCUGCCGCAGCCUCCAACGCCACCCUCCUCCGCGCCGCCGAAACGGCCGUCUCGUCGCUGGUCUCGGACACGGGCGUCCUGGACGACUGGGACCCGGAGUGGUACUCCCUCGACGACAUCCGCAUCGGGAACAACCUGCUGUGGUUCUACCAGCGCAACCCCAACGAGAAAAAGUACAAGAUCGCGGCGGACCGGCUCAGGCAGCAGCUGAACCGGUGGCCGCGGACGCCGCGCGGCGGGUUCUGGCACCGGGCGCCCAUCUACGAGGACCAGAUGUGGCUGGAUGGGAUUUACAUGGCCGACACGUUUUACGCAACGUACGUGUCGCUGUUUGAAAGGGAGAAUACCACGGCGUGGGAGGAGAUUGCGCUGCAGUUUGACUUGAUCGAGGAGCACACGCGGAAUCAUACGAGCAACCUGCUGGUGCACGGGUACGACGAGGCCAAGGACGCUGUCUGGGCGGACCCCGUCACGGGGGCGAGCCCGCUCGUGUGGAGCCGCGCCGUCGGGUGGUAUUGUAUGGCGCUCGUGGAGACGUUGCAGGUGUACCCGGAGAGCCUGCCGGGGUACGCAAGGUUACUGGGGUAUUUUGUCGCGCUGGCGGACGGGCUGGCGCGGAGCCAGGAUGCCACGGGCGGGUGGUGGCUCAUCAUGAACGAGGGGUAUGCGGCGCGCAGGGGCAACUAUCUCGAGUCGAGCGCCGCGGCCAUGUUCACGUACGGCCUGCUGCGGGGCGUUCGGGAUGGGUUCCUUGAGGCCAGGUACAAGGAUGUCGGGCUCAAGGCGUACAACGCGCUGACGAGGGAUUUUAUCCGGAAGGACAAGAAUGGGCUGCUUAGCUUCACGGGGACGGUGCAGGUUGGUAGUUUGAACUCGAACGCGAGUUUCGAGUACUAUACGAGCAUCCCGAUUGUCGAGAAUGACCACCGUGGUAGCGGAUCUUUCAUGUUUGCUGCGAUUGAGGCCGAGCUGGCGAAGUAG